AUGGCAGAGCCCCACCCCAAUACUCGCCUACGAGUAGAUUGGGAAUCCUUGGGCAUCUGCCGCUACCACAUGAUCGGCGGCAUACACAAUUGUACUCGCGACCCGUGCAAGUGGACGCAUCCGGAGCCGGAGGUGGUGCCUUUGAUGUGGGAGAGGGAGAAGGCUAUGGCAGCGUCGAGGGAGAGGGCGGAGGCGAGGGGGAGGUUGGCGGAGAGGAAGGUGGAUAGGGAGAGGGCUGGAGCCUGUGUGAUGGGUGGGGUUGAGGAGAUGGUGGAUGAGGAUCGUGGAAGAUUGCCGCUGCGGUAUCCUUACUCCCCAAGAAUGAGGGAGGACUCAAGGCAUGGUUUCCGGGGCCGAUCACCCUUCCGCUCGCCGCCGCGGUUGUACGCCGCGGAAGCAGACCCUUAUUUUCGUGAAGUUGAAAUGAGGGAUGCGUACGAGGCCAGAUAUUACGAGCAUUAUUUAAUGCCUACGCCUCGACUGGCUCCACGUGGUGACUACUGCGAGGGAUAUCAGUACGGUGCACCACAUAAAGGUAUGGCGUAUCCACCUGCUCGGAAGGGAGAGUAUGCUUCGCCGGGUGGUAAGUACGACGAAUCCUGGUGUCGUAAGGAGGUCGGCCAAGGCAGCUAUGAAGAUCAAUACCACGAGAGAGGUGAGGAGGCGUAUCGAGCUGGUGGCGGGUACUACCAUCAGCACCGCUUUGACGAUACUGCGGCAGCUACACACAGCAGGCCAGCAGCGCUCGAGUUGUGCGCAAGAGCACUAGAAGUAGCUAUGCCCGCGGCUCUUGUGGAACCUCGAUUCGAUGUUGCGAGUAGGCAGACUGAGAGGGCUGGUCAACCGGCGUCCACGAGGGAUAUGAGGAGCAUCAGCGACAUCAACGACCCACCUAAAAACGCCAAUCGUCAACCAUUGGGUAGGCCAAACAGACUCUUGCCGACACCUGCAAACAGCAGCCCGUCACAUGCCGAGAUGUUGCCUGCAGGUGCCCGCAUCAUCUGGAAGCGACCAGAGGCAGAACAGCGGGCAGAUGAAGAUGCUGUGGCAGUGGAGAAAGUGGAGGAGAGAAGAAGUAAGGUUGGAGCAGAGCAAAGCUUCAGCCACACCGGAGCGGGCGCCGAAGAAGCGGGAGUGUCUGUCGAUAGGGCUGAACUUAUGCUCCCACCUCCACAAGCAGAAGUCAAGAUCACUAACACUGCACCACUCCUGCUCUACAUCUCUCCGACGCCAGUCAAGCCCCGUCCAUACGGCUUGUUACACGCCAAAGCCGAAGACAUGGGUGCGACGAAGCGGAUGAGCAAUGGCGAGGCCAAACCCGUCGGUCCACAUCCCUCGACCAUCCGCGUUGCGCCUCGCUUCAUGUCCCAGGCGGCCAUCGACAAGAAGCUGAAUCCGCCAAAUGCCUUGGACGUGCAGGAGCGAUCACUGGCCGAAGCUCGUGAAGACAAUAUCCGAUUGCAGGGUGUCACGUGGCUGGACAAUGUUCGCCGAGCAUUACAGCUGCCGAUCCGCACCUACACCACGGCCUGCACAUACUAUCACCGUUUCCGCCUGUCGCACCCGCAUGCUGUCGACUAUGCCUGGGCGGAUGCUGCGGCAGCGGCGUUGCUGAUGGCGUGCAAGGCCGAGGAUACGCUGAAGAAGACUCGAGAUAUCCUUGCCGCGGCCUACAACCUCAAGGCUGGCGCGCAUGAUCCUCUCACUCCCGACGAUGUCGUCUUCGAGACCCCGAGCAGGAUCGUCAUCGGUCUGGAACGUCUGAUACUGGAGAGUAGCGGCUUCGACUUCCGCGCCAAGUAUCCUCACAAUCUCAUGGUCAAGAUGUGCAAGACUCUGGGAAACGAUGAGGAGGAGCUCAAGAAGGUCGGCAGUAUUGCUUGGACCGUGCUGACAGAUCUUUACCGGACCUUUGCACCGCUGAAGCAUACUCCAGCCACCAUGGCUCUUGCAUGUCUGGAGCUAGCCACGCAAUUACAUGCUGCAUCCACCGGUAAUGAGACCUUCCAGGAGCAGAUCAAAGCAUUUGACUACGAGAAGGCCGGCACAACACGAGGAGAGAUCAUGGAGACGCUACUCGAUCUCCUCGACCUCUAUACCCAUCACACCGCCAACUCAAUCCUCGGCACUAAAUACAGUCUCGACGACUUCCUCCGCAUCCGUCUCGUCCUCAACAAAGAAUGCACCGACGACAGCAUCCCCCGCUUCACCAGCGCGCCCGAAUCCACCGCCAUCAAUACCGUACAAGCCGGCGAGACCCUAAGCCUAGCAAACGGCCACCCAACCCCAGUCUCCCCACCCCAAGCCGGUGCCCCAAAUGCACCGCAAACUUUGCCGGCUCCACAAAUGCCGUCCUUACCCGAAGGCGGCGGCACCCUCCGCUUCAUGCUCGACCCGCGUCUCGUGGUGGAAGAGAAGGCCGAGAUCAAGAAAUUCUACACCCAAGAAUGGGAGGAAGUGGAAGAGGAAAUCGAGAUCCCAAUCCCGCAACCUCCGCGCUCGGUAGUUCGUUCGCGCUCCCGGGAUCGGCAUAGUAAUCGCGAUAGUAACCGAGACCGUGACCGCGAUCGAGAUCGAGAUCGAGAGCGUGAUCGUGCGGAACGGCAUGGACCCCCUCCGCAUCGUGCUCGCGGGGACUACGAUCACAACAGAAGCGAGAUACCUCCUCGAGGAGCAGGGGAGAGGCGUUCGAGGGAGGAUUUGAGGGAGGUGGAGAGGGGACGGGAGAGGCAUGAGAGGGAGAGGGAGAGGGAGUAUGAGAGGGGGGGUGAUAGGGGGUAUGAUGCUGGAGAGAGGUAUGGUGGGAGGCGUGGUGGUGGUAGUGGUGGUGGGGGCAGGGAGAGGGAGAGGGAGAGGGACAGGGACAGGGGGUAUGAGGAUAGGAGGUAUGAGGAGAGGUAUGAGAGGAGGGAUAGGAGGGGUGGGUAUGAGGAGUAUGAUCGGCGCAGAUGA